GUUGUAUUGAUUAUAUUUUUGCCGACAGCAGCAAAUACUUUUGAACUAGACUUGUGGCUGAACUGCAUCACGUUGGGCAUAUACUUUAAUACGUGAGAACAUUCCAAUAUCUUGCUAAUAGCCAAAUUGGCGUAAGAGGUUAAGCUUUUUCCGGGAACCUGUCAAGUUGAUUUUGAAGAGGCAUGUUUAAGCAUUGUAACCGUAUUCUAUCUACUCAAAUAUGCGGGUAUCGCACAAUGGCAGCAAAAUAUUUAAAGUCGCUUACAAGAGAGGAAUUGAAGGAUUUCAUUAAUUCCUUCGAUGUGGUUUUAUCCGAUUGUGAUGGUGUACUAUGGGAAGAAAAGGACGCCAUACCAGGAUCACCCGAAACUGUCAAAGAGCUUAAGGCCCUAGGAAAACGUUUCUUCUACAUUACUAACAACAAUUCAAAAACAAGAUCCGAAUUUGUAGAAAAGUGUAGGCACUUAAAUUACGAUGCAACAUUGGAUGAAGUAGUAUGUACGUCCUUUUUGGCAGCAAUGUACCUCAAGGAGAAAGGUUUCGAUAAGAAAGUCUACCUUAUUGGCAACGAUGGGAUCGCAAAGGAACUGGAGGCUGUGGGCAUCGAGCACAUUGGAAACGGACCCGACGUGAUAGAAGGUGAAAUACUCGACGAAAUUCUCAAAUUUCACCCAGAUCCUGACGUGGGAGCAGUGGUUGUGGGCUUGGAUAAACAUUUUAGUUACCUUAAAAUAAUGAAGGCGAUGACUUACCUCGGUGAUCCAAACGUUCAAUUUGUCGGCACCAAUUGUGACAUUCACAUACCGUCACCCAAUUGCAAUCGAUAUCCAGGAAGUGGGUGUUUCAUUAAAUCUAUUGAGAUAGCCAGUAAGAGGAAAGCUGUGAUGCUGGGUAAGCCGGAAAGAUACAUCAGCGAGUACAUAAUAAAUAAGUACAAUUUGUUGCCAAGUCGCACGCUGAUGAUCGGAGACAACUGCAACACGGACAUUCUUCUUGGCAAGCGAUGUGGGUUUACAACGUUACUCGUAUUAUCCGGAGUAACGACCAAAGCUGACGUAGAAAAUUUCAAGAGUUCGCCAUCGGAGGACGAUGCGAACGUCAUUCCAGAUUUUUACACCGAACAACUCUCGGACGUGGCGCAGCUUCUUUCUGCUCCUUAACGAGAAAAGAAAAAAGAAAAAAAAAAAAUGAAAAGCAGAGAUUACACGUCCCAGCACAAAAUAUUUAAGUAGAGAGAUAUUCUAUUCUUGUUCCUGUACAUACCGCUAAACGCGCGCACAUCGAAUCUAGGAUUCACGUAUGCUAUACUUACUUGCCCGCCGUUUCCAACUAAACAUUCACUUUGAACAUUCACGUCAUUUACAUAACUGAGAGUAUUAUUUUCCAAGUACAACCCAAGAGCACUCGAUGCUUCUGUAAUCACUAACAGCGAAACGAAAUAAAAAGAUCUAAUCAUCGGA